AUGGCGGGAUACGAGAAAUGGUCGCAUCAGCAAUUAAUUGCAAAAAUCAAAGAGUUGGAGAAGCGCUUGGGAGAUAAUGCGCAGGGAAUACCGAUAAGUGAUGGUGAACCGACUUCAUCGCUGUCAUCCAACGAGCAGGAAACCCCGCCAACAGAAUCUAAAAAGCCAUUUGAGGUUCGUAGAGCCACUAGGCCGCCACCAAAGGCAUUUGAUGCUUCCAAAUACGACACCCGGCUAAUUGCAUUGAAAUUUGCCUAUCUUGGCCAGAAAUAUAAUGGAUUCGAGCAUCACAAGAACAACACUACGCCACUGCCAACGAUUGAAGAAGAACUUUGGAAGGCGCUAGUCAAGACGCGGUUAAUAACCCCUAUACCAACAGCCGGAGGUGAAACAGAGAGUUAUGAAAGGAUAGACAGAAAGACAUUUGCAAGAUGGGAUAGGGAAGGUGCAGAUGUAAACUGGGAUGGCUGCGAGUACUCAAAGUGUGGACGUACAGAUCGAGGUGUCAGUGCCUUUGGACAGGUCAUCGGUGUAAGAGUUCGAAGUAACAAACCACUACCAAAGGCUCCUCAAUCUCCAGAAGAGACUCCAGAGACAAAUGAAGAGGAAAGUCCACCAUCAUCUCCAAGCAGCGACUCCAAACCCCCACCAAAACCCUUCAACGACCUCACCGACGAACUCCCCUACAUCCAACUCCUGAACCGUGUCCUACCCCCCGACAUCCGCGUCUACGCCUGGUGUCCCAACCCACCCGCAGAUUUCAGCGCACGCUUCUCCUGCAAAGAGCGCCGCUACAAGUACUUCUUCACGAACCCUUGUUUCGCGCCCGUCCCCGGUUCCAGCGGACGCUACAACACGUCCAGCACGCCCCCACAGGCCAUGCGCGAAGGCUGGCUCGAUAUCAACGCCAUGAAGCAAGGCUGCGCACACCUCGUCGGCCUACACGACUUCCGCAACUUCUGUAAAAUCGACGCAAGUAAGCAACUUACAAACUUCCAACGUCGCAUCUUCCACGCCGAUAUCGAGGAAGUCUCGCCCUUGUCUGUUCCAGCAUUUCUGUCGCACCCCGCGCUCACAGCACCAGGGCUUCCUGCGAGUGAAGCACCGAAAUUGUAUUCUUUUACGCUGCAUGGCUCGGCGUUCUUGUGGCAUCAAGUCCGCUCCUUGAUUGCAGUCUUGUUCCUCAUAGGCCAGGGUCUAGAGUCCCCGGAUAUCAUCCCCCAACUCCUCGACAUUGAAGCUAACCCCACGCGGCCGAAGUAUGAAAUGGCAUCGGAUGCGCCCCUCGUCCUGUGGGACUGCAUCUUCCCCCACGCAGACGAAGUGCAGAGUUCAGAGGAGCGCCAGCACGGGUACCAAGACCGGUUAAACUGGGUCUACAUCGGUGACGAAGGCGGUAUGGAUCCCAAAGCCAAGGGUCUGUCAAAAUCCGGUACAGGACCUAGUUCCAUGGGCAGGGGCAAGUGGGGUCGCGGCGGUGUGGUGGAUGAUGUGUGGGAGAUGUGGCGGGGGAAUAAAAUCGAUGAAACACUUGCUGCACUUUUGCUCGAUAAGAUUGCGAGGCUGGGUUCGUCGACGCUGGAUAAGGAGAUGGAGGUGGAGGAGCAGACGGUGGGGAUUGCGAAGGGUGGACCGAGGGUGUUUGAUGGUGGGGAUAUAGGGAGGGCAAAGGGGAAUUAUACAAACCUGCUUGAGAGGGAGAGACAGGAGAGUGUAGAAGUAGUUAAUGAGCGGUAUAGGAUGAGGAAGGGGAUUGACGCUGGGACGCUAAAGGCGAAAGAAGAGGACGGGGAUGAGUAG